AAAGAAUGAACUGACAGUUGGCAACUGUCAAUUUUAGGCUACUUAAUUUAAUAUCAAAAUAGUUAUUAUGACAAAAUAUUAUCAAUCAUCAAAAUUUUUCUGUUUAAUAAUGGAAGAAAAAUUUAAUUACGUUCGGUAGGUGUAUUAAAUGAUGUCACAAAUGGCAGACAUUAACUGGUACCAAUCUAAUGGGAAAUGUUCUAAUGGGUCGUCUAACAACGAAAAAAUGAUUUCAUUAUACUCUUUAGCUGACGUACAAUUAAGGUUUUUAUGUCCCGACGACUUGGACGAAGUUAGAGCCCUUUGUCAAGAAUGGUUUCCCAUUGAGUACCCUUUUUAUUGGUAUGAACAAAUUACUUCUGGUAAUGGAAAAUUUUAUUCGCUGGCCGCCGUCUACGAUCAACAAAUCAUCGGUCUCAUUGUCGCCAAAAUUAAACCCUAUACGAAUUUAAAUGAAGAAGACAAAGGAAUCCUUGCGAAAUCAUUGUCUGAUUGUGAUAUAGCAUACAUUUUAUCACUUGGAGUAUUAAAAGAAUAUCGAAGGAAUGGAAUUGCGUCUCUGUUGUUAGAUUCAUUGCUUAAACAUCUCAUAACACCGGAACGAAAAAGAGUCAAAGCCGUGUUCUUGCAUGUAUUGACAACGAAUUCAGCUGCCAUUUUGUUUUACGAACAGAAAAAAUUUAGAUUACAUAGUUUUUUACCUUAUUACUAUUCUAUUAAAGGAAAAUGUAAAGAUGGUUUUAUGUAUGUGUUAUACAUAAACGGAGGACAUCCGCCUUGGACUAUAUACGAUUAUAUACAAUUUAUGUGUAGCAAAGUUAUGAAUGGCGUUGGUCUUUUUCCUUGGAUGGUGCUACAGCUAAAUAGGGCGCUGCAUUGGGUAUGGAAAGAAGAUAAACGAGAUUCGCAAGGGAAUCACUAGAGAAAUUGAAAAAAACUAGUCCUGAACGCGCACUAUGCGCCGAAAAAUCGAAUAUUUUCGGUACAUUUUGUGUAAAAACGAUUUGUUAUAAAGUUUUUGUACGAGAUAUUUAUAUAAAGUUAGUUUUAUAUUUUCGUUAUUUAAUUUUAUAAAUAUUCUUUAGGUUUAUCGAUUUUGGAUUCGUUUUAGUAAAUUUGAGGUUAUGUAUCAAUCAGUAUUAUGCUAAAAAUACCGAAAAAUUCACGUUUGAAAAACGUAAAAUUGAUUGUGAUGUUUAACUAAUUGAAUUCGCGCCAAUAGCUCGUCAUAUCUAAAGCGGGUUCUACACUCGCCGGCGAACAGAUUCGUUAGACGAUCGUUUUUAUGCUCGUCGCGAAUAACUGCGAACAAACAGCGAAUAUUCGCAAGCGAGCGAAACGGAACGCGAUCCGAUGCCGGCGACGCGGGUGCAAAACCCGCUUAAGAUCAUAAUCCGUAAAAAAAUAUUUGAAGAAUCACUUUUUUCAAAAUAUCUCGAAAACGCGGAAAGUUAUAAAAAAAAGUUUCAAACGAAAAAUGUAGGUUAUAAAAUUAUCUAUAAAAUCGUUCUCGAUCAUUUUCGACGUAUCUGCAAUAAAAACCGAGAUAUUCGCAAAAAACUGUUAUAACGGAACUCGACAUCAUGUUGAGAAUGUGAAUUUGAGAGUUUUAAUUUGUGGAAUUGUGGCGAUCAAACACCACUCUUUUCAAAAUAUAUUCCGAGCUUUCGAAUAUUGAGUAUCCAUCAUCGGGGACUACAAUUAUAGUUAAAAUUUCAGUCAAAUUGAUGAUUUCAAUAGGUUUUAAAAAGGAAACAUAAUUUUAAGACACGAUACUCUAUUUUGAUGUACUUUUAUAAAUAUUUUUACUUGUUACUUUGGUUAUAAUACAAAAAUAUUCGAAAGCUCGGAAUAUAUAUUGAAGAGUACACUUCAGUGUUUGAUUUGCCACAAUCUCACUAAAACUAGUUGACAGAAGACAUAACAGAUGCUAAUUAUUUGGUAAUAUCGCUCUCAGUUAUGCAAUUUUUUAUAUAAGAAUCAUAAAAAAUGCCACCAAUUACUUUAUAUGUUAUAUAAUGUACAAAAAACUGCAACCUCACAACAAUAUUCAUAAACCAAAGGUUUUUUUUUUAAUUUUCAUAAUUUUAUUGUAAUUUAUUAUAUUAUUUAUGCAUAGGGUGUACUAAACUGAUUUGAAUUUAAGGUUAUUUUUUUUUUGGAAUACAUAUUUUAAAGUUAGAACACACUAUGCGGUAUUUGUUAUUACAUUCAGCAGAAUAUACGAUAAAUUAAUAAAUAACUUGAUUCGUUUAUAUCCAGCAGAUGAUAUUUCACCCUAGACUGCAACCAGCAUCUUGAUCCACCUGGACAAAGUCAGAAAAACACACACCGCUGAUGUGAACCAGUGGUAGUAUAACCGGUUCUUCAUUAUUAACCGAAAUGUUGUUACAUCGGUGUUGUUUUGUAUACAGAAUGUUUAUAGUGUCUCAAAUGCAGCUUUUCUUUCUCUCAAUUAUAACCAGCAGAUGAUAAUCCACCCCAGACUGCAACCAACAUCUUCAUCCACCUGGACAAAAUCAGAAAAACACACACCGCUGAUGUGAACCAGUGGUGGUAUAACCGGUUCGUCAUUUUUUGUAAUUAUUAACCGAAAUGUUGUUUAAUCGGUGUUGUUUUGUAUACAGAAUGUUUAUAGUGUCUCAAAUGCAGAUUUUCUUUCUCUCAAUUAUAUCCAGCAGAUGAAAUUUCACCCCAGACAGCACCCACUUGGAUAAAGUCUGAAAAACACACACCGCUGAUGUGUACCAGUGGUAGUAUAACCGGUUCUUCAUCUUUCGUAAUUAUUGGCUAAUUCUGCUGUGCUUUUGUUAUGAAUCGAGAUGUUUCAAAGCAGUGGACAAUCGUUGGGGGUGUUACACCCCUCCAUUAAUCAUUUUUAUUGAACUAAACUAGUUCUAUAUAAUGUGAUAUAUUUAUUUUUCCGAUCGUUGUUCUGCUGAAUAUCGAGUGUUUGUAUUUUGAGUUUUUAAACGAUUUAGAUAAUCAAAUUUUGACAGGGAUACUACCGUUUGUAAAUUCUUUAAAGGAUUAUUGUAUGAACACUUUCUCAGGUAAGGAUAUUCAACAAAUAAAUGCCUUAUGUAUCCGGAAA